AUACAACCUUUUUCCCUCGGCUUUUGCUCUCUUCCUUCAGAUGACAUUACUCAUAACCCAACCUCCCCAUUCACACUCAUCUCACCCACCUCUCUGAACCAACAUAAAAUCACUUCCUUGACUUUUACACUCAUCUCACCCACCUCUCUGAACCAACAUAAAAUCACUUCCUUGACUUUUUCUGAGACCCAGCCUUUAUAUCAAACUCCAGUGGUGUUGUUCAUAUCAUAAUCUCACGCGUGGGGCACGGUUGAGAGAAGAACCCAUCCAAGCAAAGACCUAGCACCACCAACAUCGUCAUCUCUCACCUGCGCCGACAUCAGUCAGUUCAUCAGCUCCGACCUCUGUCCAGGUGAUGGGCCUUCAGGAUAUGGAGGCAGAAGUAUAGAGAAGGAAAUGGAAAAGAAAAAACCACAAACCUUUCUCUUACAUUCGGUGUGUGUGUGUCUGUGGAGAUAGGAAGACAAAAUAGUGUUUUGGGUGAAAGGAAAGAGAAGAGGACAUGCGCGAUAGGAAACCAAACUUCUGACCCCUGCAGGCUGUGGGCUCCACCGAAAAGUGAAAAAAUUGAGUACUGAGAUGUGGGGCACGGUUUUGAGAUAUUGGAGCCAAACAAAAAUUUUCAGUUUUGGGUUUUGAGUGAGAUAGAGUUUUGAGAAAUGAGUGAUGUUUUUGAGUUAUGUGUUUUGAGUUUUGAGAUACUUCCAAUCCAAACACCAUCUUAGACACCCAAAAAUGAAAAUGGCUGUGCAAUUUGUAAUGCGAAUUACUAUUUUAGUUCUGCUGACAUAUGAAUUAGCAGAAGCAGAAGCAGCAGCAGCAUGUUAUAGUAGUUGUGGAAAUCUUGAAAUUCCAUACCCGUUUGGAAUCGGACCUCAUUGCUACAUGGACAAGAUGUUCGAAGUUGUUUGCAAUGGAACUGGCAGCUCUGUUAAAGCCUUCUUAACUAGUAUUGACAAGGAGGUGCUGCAAAUCAAUAUUAGUAGCGGUGCCUAUAAUUCUUAUCCUACGGUUCAGGUCCAAAUGCCAAUCAUAUAUUCGAACGGUUGUUCGAGCUCGGGAAGUGGUGAAGCUUUGAACAUUUCAGGAAGUCCCUUUAACUUCUCCUUCGAUUAUAACACAUUCAUUUCUGUUGGCUGUGACAACUUUGCAACAAUAACCGGACUUGGUCCUGUGGUUUUUGGGUGCAAAUCGCAUUGCAAUAAAGGCAAUAUUGUCGAAGGAACUAGAUGCUCCGGUUUCAACUGCUGCCAGUCAGAAUAUUUCCCUAUAAACCAGCAAGAAUUUCAUGUAGAAUUCAGAAGUAUCAGUGAAUCAAAAGUAAGACAGGAAGAAGAGUGCAAGUAUGCUUUCCUAAUGGACCAAAAUUGGUUAAAGUCAAACAAACCAGAUCCCUCUUCUGUGCAAUACUGGGAAACCGUUCCCGUAGUGCUGGAAUGGGCGAUAUCAAAGCGGACCAAAAACUCACGAGACAUGUUUGAAUCCCACAAGAACCUAAGCGAUGUCAGUUGUUCUUUCUCAGACGAGGACAUGGACUUCGACAGCUUUACUUGCGAAUGUGCUUACGGAUACCAAGGAAAUCCUUAUCUUCCCAGGGGAUGUAAAGAUAUAAAUGAAUGCGAAUCAAAGAAUUUGGACCAAUGUCCCUACUAUUUAGAGUGUGAGAAUAUAGAAGGCAGUUUCAAUUGCAACAAGCGAAAGUCUCCAGACUCUCCACUGAGGUUAGCCAUUAUAGUUAUUUGUCCGAGCUUUGGGCUAUUGUUUUUACUCCUUAUUAUUUGGUGGUUAUACAAAGUGAUAAAGAAAAGAAACAAAAUCAAGCUCAAGCAAAAAUUCUUCAAAAGGAAUGGUGGUUUGUUAUUACAACAACAAUUAUCUUCAAAUGAAAACAACGUUCAGAAGGCAAAAUUAUUCAAUUCAAAAGAGUUGAAAAAUGCAACUAAUUGUUUUAAUGAAAAUAGAAUACUUGGUAAGGGUGGACAAGGUACAGUUUAUAAAGGAAUGUUAAUUGAUGCAAGAAUUGUGGCAAUUAAGAAGUGCAACAAAGUGGAUGAGGGAAAUCUUGAACAAUUCGCUAAUGAGAUUAUCAUUCUUUCACAAAUCAAUCAUAGAAAUGUGGUUAAACUACUCGGAUGUUGUCUAGAGACAGAAGUUCCUUUGUUAGUUUAUGAAUUCAUUCCUAACGGCACACUUUUUCAGUAUCUCCAUGAAGAAAAUGAAGAUUUUCCAUUGCUAACAUGGGAUAUGCGCUUAAGAAUUGCCACAGAAAUCGCGGGAGCUCUAUCAUACUUACACUCAGCAGCUUCACUACCCAUUUACCAUCGAGACAUAAAAUCUUCAAACAUACUCCUUGAUGAGAAAUAUAGAGCAAAAGUAGCAGACUUUGGCACUUCAAGAUCAGUGACCAUUGACCAAACUCAUGUAACCACUCUAAUAUAUGGCACUUUUGGGUAUUUGGAUCCAGAAUAUUUUCAAACGAGCCAAUUUACAGAAAAGAGUGAUGUUUAUAGUUUUGGAGUGGUCCUUAUUGAGCUUUUAACAGGAGAAAAACCAGUUUCUUUGACAAGAUCACAAGAAGGUCGAAAUCUAUCUACAUAUUUUGUUCAUUCAUUAAAAGAGAACCGCCUCUUUGAUAUACUCGAUACUCAAGUAAGUAAGGUUUGUAAUAAAGAUGAAGUCAUAGUAAUUGCUAACCUUGCAAAAAGAUGUGUGCACUUGAAUGGAAAGAAACGACCUACAAUGAUGGAGAUCAUGAUGGAAUUAGAGGGAGUUCAAAAAGUUUCUACUGCCCAACUAAAUUUUGAAGAACUUGAAUAUGUUAGAAAUGAAGAAAUGGGGCUGCGGAAUGACGUUUCAGUUUUAGCAAGUUCAUGCUUAGAAUCAGGUUCAGCUUCAUCAUCAGACGUCUUGCCACUUUUAUCCAUCUAAUCGGAUUGAUUAAAAACUAUGAACUUAUUCAUCUUUGUUUUAUGUUGUAAGCUAUUAUCAAAUCAUAUUCCUAUUUUUAAACUCCUACUACUAGAGUUGCAGUAAUGAUAUUAUAUCUUUGUUUGGUUUUGUUUA